UUUUGCCCUGCAUUCUAAACAUUUAGCAUCUUGCAAAAUUUGCUUUAAGUCACUUUUCGCUUAUUGCAAAAAUAAAAUCUUAUGGCAAAAAUAUUUUUUUAAAUUUGGAUAAUAUGGAACCAGAAUUACCCUAUGAAGAUGAUCUCCUGCAAAAAGCUGAAGAUAAAGUUGAUCUGGGUGAGGUGCUGAUAAAAACUCUGGAUGAAUUUUCCGAAAUACCAGGAGUCCAAAAGGUCCAAAGAAAAAUUGUACAAGAAAUAAAAUUUCUUAAAAAGGUUAUAAAAAAUAAAACCUUAAAAAUUAAUCAUGUCCAAUGUAGCAACUUAACUCAUUAUGAGUUUUUGGUGAAAAUAUUACAACAACAACGGGAUGUGGUUCAUGUUGAUUGUGGCUUUGCAGUGGACUAUCGAGAGAAUCCUCUGCGAGUGGACAUUGUCUGUGAGAAUGGUUUGAAAUGGAUCAAGGCCAUUGCCAGAAACUCAAAAUCGUUGACGGAUGCUGCUCGCGGCGAAGCCAGCUUUGGUGCUCGCAGCAUAAUCGAUCAGGCCCAGGAAUUUGUUGAAGCCUCUUCUCAAAAUCUUUGUAUGUUCAAAUGUCCAAAGGUGGUUUUCUAUUUCAGCCAUCCAAUUGAAAAUGAACUGUCAAUGGCCUUGGAAGCUGAGGGUGUUGAAAUAGCCUCCUUGGAGAAACCAUCGGAGGUGGACAAAAAUUCCGACAUUAGCAAUAUUAGUAUUUUAAAUCUUGACAUAACAACCUUAUUGGCCUAUGUGAGUAAUGUAUGUAACGGCAGCUGUAAUUGGAAAUUUCAAGAGCCAAUUCUUACCGAACAAGCUGAAAAGGAAAGAGAAUCGCCAUUGAAACCCAUUUUGGACAAAUUGUUCUCGGGUAAACGCCUUAUUUGCUGUACCACUGCCCAUAAAUCCUUUCAAGAUAUUGUUGCGCUUCUGGGUGGGCCCGAAGAAAAGCGUCGAGCCGAAGAGCUAACUAAACGUGUUGAAAUUUUACCCGACGUUACAUCCAUACCACCUGAAAUUUCCACUAUUAAAUUCAGUGGAAAAAUCAAUGAACGUAGUUUGCUCAUUUUUGCCUUUGGUAUGGAUAUGAAAGCGGUGACUGUAACAUCGAAUAAGGCCUUUAUACGAUCGGCGAAGAUGCAAGGUAUAAAUGUACCCGUUUUUACGCAUCAGGCUCGAGCCCUUACCGAAGCCAAAGAGGAAACUGCCACACCAUUGUAAGUGAUUACAAAAGAUUGUAAGACAGCGCUGAACUGAUUGACGACUGUCCAAUAUGUUCUCUAGAUAAAAUCUAUGUAAAUUGUUGUUACUAAUCUCUUUUAUGAUAUAUAUAGAAUAAUAAAUUUUUAUGUAAAUAUUUUUAUUAA